CGUCCUCGACCCGCCGUCGCCCUCGCCUCGUCUGCCCUCCUCGUCGCACCUGCAGCCUUACAGCAGCACCAGAGCGUCAUGGUUAUGUCGAACAGCCUGUCGAGCAGUGACGCCUGCUACGUCGGCGAGCACAACGGCACGUACCCGGACGGCUCGCUCGGCAACGGCACGUUCGCGUACGGCCACUACGUCCCGACGAUGGCCGAGAUGAUGAACUGCCAGCAAGGAAAUGAUCCCUGGAGCGCCUCGUCCAAGUACGGCCUCUGGACGACCUACUUCCUCGUCGCCCUGUUCGGCCUCGCCGCCGUCGUCAACGGCUUCGAGCGUCUCGAGAUCCUCUCUCGCAACGCUACCGUGCCGGCGCCGUUCGCCAUCCCGAGCCGCCUCAAGGCCUCCCUCCGCACGCUCGACCUGCCGAGGCCGUACAAGUUCCUGCCGACCCUCGGCACCAUCAUCGUCACGGUCGCGUUCACCAUCUUCAGCUUCGUCGUCUGCUUCGGCAUUCAGCCUUUCUACCGCCCGCGCAACUUCGGCUCGUCGCCUCUCGGCCUGCGCUCCGAGUGGAUCGCGACGGCGCUCAUCGUGUGGAUCUUUGCGACGGCCAUGAAGCGCAACGCCCUGUCGUACCUCUCGGGCGUCACCUUCCCCCGCCUCAUGUCGCUCCACAAGGUCCUGCCCUGGUUCGCCCUCUUCUUCUCGGUCGUCCAUACGGGCGCCAUGAUCGUGCGCGCCAACCGCCAGCAGCCGUGGGCCGUCACGGUCGCGACCGACUCGCAGUACGGGUGGUCGGCUUGGGUGCGUCCCUCGUUCUCUCUCUCUUUCCCUCCCUCUCUUCCCUGGCGCUCUCGCUUGAGCCUCCCAGACUGA